AUGGAGGAUAACAUAGAGUUGGACAACCUUAACCGACCGGAAGGGGCUGAAGGGGGUGAGGACGAAACAGUUAUUGAUGAUACACCUAUUGACGAGGAUGACUUUCUUUCAGGACUAGACGACGAUCAGAGACUAGACGAUGCAAAAACCUCCAGCUUUCGUGAGGAGAAUAGGGAAGACUCCUACAGGAACAGGAAAAAGCAGUUAGACGAACUAAGCACAUUUGGAAAAUUUGAUGACAUAAAGGUAGAAUACGUCAGAAGGUUUUUUCAAACUGAGUACCGAAUAGAUCCGACCGACGGACGAAACUCUAAGGAACUUAUCUCCAGUUUAGACAUCACUAAAAAUAAGUUAACAUUCAAUGGGGCUGAUGUCGCAUACAUUGAUACGGGUGGUAACUACCAAAAGUCUGAUAAUAAGAAAAAUAUUGCAUCAUUAAGAAGAUUCAUUAAUUUAUACGAAAAAGCACUCGCCGAACACAGGGAAAGAGCCAGAAGUGUAGUUGAAGAGGAAACCGGAGGAGAGGCAUCAGGAGAAAACGUGGAAGAGAUUUUCGAAGACGCUGAGGAGGAAUUCCACCAGGAAGUCGCCGACACGGGCGACAACCUCAUGGAACACGCAAGGGAAUUAGAAGAAAGGGGAAAAAUAACCAUGUGGGGGAGGAGGAAAUUUGCGGGAGUAACCGCUCCCAAGGGACCCCCCGAAAUCAGGAUUAAAGCAUUAAAAAUACAGGAUAAAGUAUUCGAAACCAAUAUAGAACUCACAACAGAUCCCGAAAGACGGCAAAUUAUGCAAGAGGGUAGGGAUGUUACCGAACGCGGUAUUGACAGCGCCAGACUAGAAAUGGGUCUACAGCCGGAAUCAGAGGAGGGAAAACACAGGUUUAGGGAAAAAAUAAGGGAAGACAUCAGGACAAAAUUCGAAAGAUUUCGCAAAUGGGCAAAGGAAAACCUAGGCGCAAUAGCCGCCAUUGCCAUUUCUAUCGCUGGAAUUAUCACUACAGUCGUAGUGGCAGGAAAGAAAACCAUCGUAGGAGCCUCCAAAGGAUUAGGAGCUGUAGGAAAAGCACUGGCUGGACUUGCAAAAUCCGCACUACCAAUCCUAGUACCUUUCCUAAAUUUACUGAGUACUAUCCUAAGCUGGGGAGCAAAGGGUCUCGCCUUCCUUGCCCAGAACCUAUGGAUCGUAGCAGUCCUAAUUGCCGGAGCCGUAUACAAGUACCUACAGAUUAAACGAAAGAAAUAAAGUUAUACUAUAAUAAAACAUAAUGGAC